CUGCUUCAACUUGUAUUAACAGGGGAAGAAAACAUUUUAUCACACCGCGAUUGCUUUCAGCACUUGAUAGCGCCAAAGUAAGCGAUGGAAAGGCGAUGCACAUAUCGUUCUACUCUCCCUAGACUGAGGGAAGAGCAUCGCAGAAAAGAAACACAGAGGAUUCAAGAGAGUUUUAUUGACAAACUAAGUGAUACACAAGCAAUGGUCGUCCACUGGGAUGGUAAAGUAUUGCCAGAUCUAAUUGGAAAAAUAAAAGUUGAGCGAAUUGCAGUGCUUGUUAGUUAUAAUGGCGAAUCCAAAUUUCUAGGCGCUCCAAAACUUAUAUCUGCCACUGGUGAAAAUAUAGCUACAGCCGUUUUUGAUACACUUAGUAAAUGGAAUAUUUUAGAUCGCGUAGAAGGCAUGUCUUUUGACACCACGUCCACUAAUACUGGUCCAAUGAAUGGAACAUGCGCUCAAUUGCAACGCAUGUUAGGAAGAAAUUUGUUGACGUUACCAUGCCGUCACCACAUUCUUGAAAUAUACUUGCGUAGUGUAUUCGACCUGCAUUUCAAAGUGACUCAAGCACCAGAAGUCUCAAUUUUCGAGAGAUUCGCCAAAGCCUGGCCAAAUAUUGACACUUCAUCAUUUAAGAGUGGGCUCGACUGUGAAGAUAUAAAAUCUGAUAUAAGUCUGCAAUGA